GCCCCUUGAAGCUGCCACGAAGGGGAGACAACCUCCCAUGCCUUUGGGUUGGUCGCCUCUCCCUCCCUCGGCGCUCGCCCGAGCUCUUUGGAGAGAGGAGACCCGGAGUUGCGUCUUGGAAGGACUAGGAAGGUCCUAGACGGAUGGGUGCUACUUGUUUAUGCAGAAAUAUUGAAGUCCUUCUCCAGCUGUUCUGAAUGUGGAUUGUUUUGCUACUCAUUCCCAUAAACAAAUAUUAUCCAAGGAGCAUUUUCGCUGAUUGCAAUGGCAGCAACAAUUAUAUCACUUACACCAUGUCUAGGAACUAGCUAUAGUCUCGAGCAAGCUGGCAAACCAGGAAGCCCCUUCAGAUGCGUGGACAAUGAAAUCUAUCUUUAUAGAAAUAUAGAAUGUGUCGAGAAAGAGAAGUUUAGGCAACUUCAACAGGACCUGAAGGUGUUUCAAAAGUCCACCGUUGCAUCAAGGGCUCGGGAGCGAAAGACUUUUAAAAAAUUAGAACAAGUCAUUGACAGAGAGUCAGAAGAUGAUAUAGAAGAGAAAAGUUCUGAUGUGAGCUGGGCUCUUGCUUUUGCAAAAUCCUGUCAAAGUGAUACCCAGUCCAUAACAGAGUACAUCAGUGAGCAGAAGGAACUGUUUUUGCUAGAGUAUGCAGUUAAAACAAAGCAACGGGCUAUAUCAAAGAUGGAGGAAAAGGCAGCAAUGGAGGAGAGGAAGGCCAAAAACGCCGAAACAAAACUAGAAGACGAUUCACUGGCAUUUGAGGAGUUUCUCAAGGAAAAUGAUAAAAGUUCUGUAGAUGCCCUUAAAAUGGCAAGUCAGGAAGCAAAAGCUAAAAAUGAAGUCAUGGCAGAAGUCAGGUCAGCAAUGAAUGAAGUGUUCUCUCUUAAAAGUGAAAUUACAAAUGCUGAAGAUCUCCUGAGAUUGUAUUUAUCCUAUGAAGCCUUUUUAUUGAGCAUUUCUCCUAAAGAGUGGCAAGACCAGCAAAUUGCAAGGAAGAAGAAGAAAAGAGACAGGAAAAGCAUCCUUUCAAAAUCUUUUAUUUCAGUGCCCAGUCGUGAUAAAACCAGACUGGCAUCAACCUCAUUUUUAUUACAUCACAAAAUACACAAAUGGGCCCACGCCAAAGGGUCACUGCUGCCCAAAGGGCCGCCACCAGGCAGGAAGUUGACAACUGCAAGAUCAGCCUCUCUACUUGUUCCUCGUGAGGAAGAGAAGAAAAGCACACAGAGGACAGGAGGCGAUUACCGCUUUUUUAGAAGAACAUCAAGAUCAAUGAGCCUUAGGACAUCCCUUGGAGACAAAAAAUAUAUGUUAGCAAGUGAAAGAAGUGUGUCUCUGUCUUCAGAAGAGGAAUUUUCCUUGGAUGAAAUACCAAGCGAUGAGGAGCCAGAAAUAUAUUUCAAAGACCCAGAUGAAUUACUGCAGUUGUUUAGACAUCUUGAAGAACAAAACCUUUCACUGUUUCAAAAUAUUCAAGAAAUCAGUGGAACCCUGGAAGAUAGACAGCUGAAUGGUCAAGCUUUUCAAGAGCGCAUGGAAGAAAGAAUAAAGAGCCUAAUAGAUGGGAAAGAAGCUCUUAAAGCAGCUUGCGCCAAAGAAGAGGCAAAAUCUGCACAAUUAGCAUUAAAAAUCCAAUUGUUUUCUGCAACAGAAAAUAAUUCAGCAUCCAUGGAUAAAUUGCUGAAUUCACUUACUAAAAAAGUAGCAGAAGUGUACAAAGUUUGCUCUGGAGGAAAUGAAGUAUCCAGUUUGAACCCAUUUCAAAUGCUGAAAGCAAUAGAAAUUCGGGUCUCAGAGCUCUGCGAAAUGUUUGAAACACUUCCAAAAGAGUACCUUGAAAUUGUUGAAGCCAAUGAAAAACUCAGGGCGAAAGAAAGAAGACAGAGAAUCCGUGAAGAUAAGCUGAAGGAAUUGAGAAGGAUUCAGGAAGAGAGGUUGAAACAUGCUCUUGAGAGAGCAAUUGCUGCACCAAAGAAAAGGAUGGGAAGAAAACUGGUGUACCGCUCAGAGCCUCCACAAACUAGCCAGGGUCAGGAAAAGGUUGUAGAUUUGACCACAAAAAGUGAAGAUGAUUACUAUUUUGCAUGAUUUUUUGUGUUUAAAGAAAUAAUUUCUGGAAUAGAUCUGGGGACAUGGAAAAGGGUGGCUUCCAAGUGUUUUGUACUACAGCACUCUUGACCAUGAUGGCUGGGACUUAUGGGAGCUGCAGUCCAAAGCAUCUACAGGAUCCCUAGUUACCCACUUUUAAUUAUUUCUACUUUAUUUUAGCAGUUGUAUUAACUAAAAUGUGACAAGAUUAAUUUGAUCCAGUACAUUUUCAAAAACAAAACUCUUAGACUGUGAUCGAAUAACAAAUUUAAGAACAAUCAAAAGUAGCAUAUUUAUUUUUUCAUAGCAAUACUUUCCUUUGCCAACAGUAUUUCUCUUCCAGAAAAAACAGUUACCAGAACAAAAAAAGCAAAAAAACUUUUAUCAAAACCUUAAAAAACGUGACAAUGAAAGAUCUUUAACUUAAAAAAAAAUCAAAAAUAGUUAUUCUCUCAUUUCUCCAUCUUCUUCUUCCUCUUCCACACCCCUUAUGUAAAGGACAUUAUUGCAUCUGAAAUGAAACCAAAAGUUGUGUUAUAAUUCAUAUAGAUUUUAAAUAAGUUUUGGAAAAUAGCUUACAUACCCCCACUAUUUCAUAUACCAAGUUAUUGUGAAGUACUGUACGUUUGUUGCUGUGUUAAUUAAUAAAAAUUACUGUUGUUUGUUGUA